AUGGAGAAGCACAAGACCUUCGAGCGCGACGUGAAGAAGGGCCUCAACAACGAAGAGAGGAUGGACCCAGAUCAGGAGAAGCGGGCGGAAUGCAGAGCCUGGAUUCGAGAGUUCGUGAACCAGCUCUUGCAGGAGGUUGAUGAGUUCACCGCUGCCAUUGAGCAGCUUCAGAAGAAGAAGACAUCCAAGAGCUCCAACGACGAGUCCCAGUCGGCUUUCAACAAAAAGAUGCAGGAGUCACAUCGAUGGCAUGUCAACAAGCUCGAGCAGCUCCUGCGAAAGGUGGAGAACCAAGACAUAGACCUCGAAAGCUUAGACGACUUGAAGGACAGCUUGGAAUGCUACCUGGAUCCCGAGCAGAACGUGCGGACCCCUGAGGCCUUUGCAAACUUCGACGACACCUACUCGGACUACAACCUUGAGGAGGUUCAGGACUACCUUGCUCAACGUGUUCCGAGCCACAAAGAUGAUGAGAGGGAGGAGAGGGAGGAGCCGAAAAAGGAGGAGAUCAAGCAGCCGAAGCCCGAGCCGGCCAAGCACAUGCCUAAGCCCGCCCCGACGGUUUCGGUGCAUCCUGUCCACAAGCCAGUGGUCGAGGAGAAGCCCGAAGAUCCGAGUUCAAGCGCGAGUGCUCCGGCAAAGACGGCCGCUCCCAAGCAGAUCGCAACAAAGGCGGCGACUGCAGCAGCAGCUGUGAUGCAGGCGGCAUCGCCACCACCUGUGCCGUCUCUGCCGACCCACCCUCCUCCACCGGCCCAGCUUCCACCAGCCCAGGCUCUGUCGCAGACGGGCCCCGCCACCCAGCCCACCCAGCCCACCCAGCCCACCCAACCGCCUCCCAAGCAGCCACCCCAAGUGGCACAGGGCCAGGCACCGCCGCAGCCUGAAGUGCAAACCGUCGCCACCGCCGUGCUGCAGGCCAGGGCCUUGCCAGCGCCCACUCUCCCCCCGACCGCUGCUGUACCGGCCAUGCCCAACCACAACGCCAGCCCACUUGAGCCCCCCAGCGUUCCACCGCCACCGCCCACACAGCCGGCGCAGCAGCCUGGACCCAAAAAACCACCAGCGAUCAACCGAGCCCCACCCAACGAAGCGCCGCCAGCUCAGCCGCAGGAGUCUCCUGUGCUUGCCGUUCCAGCUGUGCCUGCUGUGCCAGCGGCGAUGCCCGCCGUACCCGCUGUUCCAGCCGUUCCGGCCGUUCCGCCUGUGCCUGCUCCGGCACCAGCUGUGGUGCCACUUGAUGCAAACGCCGGAGCCCCGGCAUCGCCAGCAGCGUACGACGUGCCACCUCUGACCAAAGCACAGGAGAAGGCUCAUGCGCUCUUAGAGUCCUCUGCACGGCACAUGCCCCAAGCCGGGGACGUUCGAAGGAACAGGAAGUACCAGCCCCAGAAGUAUCACAUGCAGCAUGAUAGCCAGGGCAGUCCCGUGUACCCCACGGACACGAUCCGAAGCUUCGAAGAGCCUGCGCUCUUCGAACGCUUUGAUCAGGACACUUUGUUCUGGUCUUUCUACCAUCAGCAAGGCACCUAUCAACAGUACCUAGCUGCAAAGGAGCUCAAGAAGCUCUCCUGGCGCUAUCACACCAAGUACCUCACGUGGUUUCAACGGCAUGAGGAGCCGAGGCUGACAGCACCAGACUUUGAGCGUGGAACCUACGUGUUCUUCGACUUCGACGGCCAGUGGGCUCAGCGGAUCAAGGCGGACUUCACAUUUGAGUACGCCUGGCUGGAGUCCGGAGAGAUCUGA